CCUUGGAAAGUCGUGCGGCUUUUGAGUCUGAUCUCGUGAUGAGUGGUAAUUCCAGUGAAGAGUCUUUGGAGAGCGAUCGGGAAGGGGAAAAAAGCUGCAGAAAAUCAAAAACGAAGGACAAUAAUGAAUUGAUGGAAGUAGAUGGGUCCGAAUUCAAAAAUGAGGUUUACAUUCUUGGUCGAUCUCGUCCACUUGAGGAUGACGAAGAGCUAGUAAUGGAUAAAAGUGCUUAUAGAAUGUUUUUCGAAUUAGAAGUGGAGUCUCCAAGUCUCAGUUUUGAUAUUCUAACUGAUAACCUUGGUUUUGACCGCUGUGUUGAAGUUAAUGGUGAGGCUCACAGUGUUUGCCUCAUAUCGGGUACUGAGGCACCUAAAGAUAAUCAAAACAAACUUGUAAUCAUGCGUCUGUCCAAUAUGCUGCCGUUCAAAAGAAAGGAUUCUAAUGAAGACACGGAUUCUGAUUCAGAGGACGAAAGUGAUUCUGAUGGAGAUCUUGAUGCGGAACCUGAUGUUGAAGCGGCUACUAUCCUACAUCAAGGUACAGUAAAUCGAGUCCGGGCGAGACAACAUAGGGGUCGAUACCUUGCUGCAUCCUGGUCAGAAAAUGGAUUGGUAUUCAUAUGGGAUUUAACCAGACCCCUUACAGCUGUAAAUGAUUCAGCUGUCAUGGCUGAUUAUGUACGUCACAAUGAAUCUCCUUCACCUUUAUUCACAUUUAAUGGUCAUGGUUCAGAAGGUUUCGCUUUGGACUGGGGUACUCAUACGAAUUCUUCUGGACAUUUAGCUACAGGAGAUUGUAAUGGCCGUAUUUAUCACUGGACACCUAGAUCUUCUGACUGGGCUGUAUCAAAUAGAGCUUAUUUAGGUCAUACAGAUUCAGUUGAAGAUAUUCAGUGGUCUCCUACGGAACCAACUGUAUUUAUCUCUGUUUCUUCGGAUCAUAGUAUACGUGUAUGGGAUGUUCGCGCACCAAUAUCGAGUGGAAGCAUGCUUACAGUUCCAGAAGCCCAUCCAGCUGAUAUAAAUGUUGCUUCUUGGAAUAAGUUGCAAGCUCUUAAUUUGCUAACGGGGGGAGAUGAUGGAACUUUAAGAAUAUGGGAUUUACGAUUAGUUCAUAGUUGUUACAGUGGCAAAAAGUCAAACGAUGGAUCUGUACCUGCUUAUACGCACUUAUUUGAUUACCACAAGAAACCAAUCACAUCAGUGGAAUGGCAUCCGAAUGAUGCUGGAAUGUUUGUAGCUACAUGUGAAGACGAUCAAGCUACAUUCUGGGACAUUAGUUUAGAACAAUCUGAACAAGAAUUAAAACAGUCAAAUGAAUCAAGUUCAAAUCAUGAGGCAGAUGAAGAAGAUUUAGGCAUACCAGUUCAAUUGUUAUUUGUUCAUGGUGGCCAAACAGAGUUAAAGGAAGCACACUGGCAUCCACAAAUACCAGGACUAGUAUUUACAACAGCAUUAAAUGGCUAUAAUGUCUUCCGUACUUGUAAUAUCUAAAAUCAUUAGUAUUACCUUACGCCGUGUAAAUACAACGUAUCUUUCGUCGUUUAAUUACUCCAUAACUUUUUUUAUAAAAUAAUCUAAUGAUACUGUGACCUAGUUCGUUCGAAACCAAUUUCUUAAAGGCUGAGUGUGCUUCACCAGAAUACAACAAAUUUUGUACACAAUGAUAUCGGUGUUAAGCGUGGUCAACGUAUCUUAAGCUUCAUUAUAUAUUACAAACAAUUAGUGUGAAGUAAUAUACAAUCUAGAUGUACGUUGGUGUGUGACUUUUCAGAAGUCCCUACAAAUGUGUUAGAUGUCUAUGAAAUAAAAAUCAAUUACCUUCGAGUGAUCCGACCGACAAAAUUUAUUAUUAUUAGGCUUGUUUCAAAAUAUCACAGUGUUUAUUGUUAUUUGGUGCUAAAAUAUGACGACAGAAAAAUACAAACGCACUUCGAGAGAUUGUUGGUAAACAAUAUACUUUGCACUUUCUUGUCUAUAACUCCGUACAAUCUGUACUAAGCGUCUAGAAUAUUUUCCCUUCAUAUGGUUCAUUUAUAACAAGAACCAUAGUCUUUGGUUUAGAGGCGAGGUCAGUUAUCUUAAGAAUAUUGGACACUGUUGCCUUCGUAAAAAUAUGAAAGUCAGUUUGUGUACGUGUAUAAAUAUCCUUAAUUCUAGGGAAAUAUGGAGAUCGGUCUCACUAGUGUGAAGUGAUAAGCUAUAGGCCUUGAGAAACUCAGUAGUUAGGUUACUGAAACAGAUAAGAGAAUUUGUAUGUUUGAGUGUUACUAUCGGUUGUAGAAAGAGCGGUGCCUGCUGAGUUAGUACUUGUGAGGUCUGACUAUGAACAAUGAUCAUUUAUUGAUUACACCACGGGGGUGCUGUUGUGAAGUGACAACAGAAGCAAAUCCGGAUGAAAUCAUUUAAACAACCGGAACUGUAUUAUGGUACGGAGAUUGAGGUUUGCCGGGAUAAAUAAAGUAGCAACAAAUUAAUGAUUUAAUAAUAUCGAGUGAAAGGUAAACGUGUAAAGUGUCUAAAGUGCAAGCCCAAUGGAAAAGCUGUGAUAACUUCCUUGAGUUUUACUACCGAAUAACAUUACAUUAUUUUGAAUUAUGACUAGCAAUGGAAUUCAAGACGGACGUUCUAUCCUAAGACCCAUUCGUUGGAUGCGCCUAAAUCCUGGUGUUGAUGUUCAUCUUCAACACGUAAAACGGGUAGUUGCGGGUGAGGAGUCCCUAACAAGUUGAGAUGAGCGUCUUGGAUUUCACUGCUAAACAUAAUCCAGAACUAUGACAUAUAUCGAAGCAUCCUUGAUGUUGAUACGACAUUGAAUAAUCCAACCCUUGCAAAUAAUCAUUACAAUUUUUGUUCAUGUUCUUGAUGCUUCUAAUUUAUACAGAUUGAUUGUAGUGUGGUGGACGCUACUCACAAGGAUGUUUGUUAGUAGUGUUUAUCGGGAUGUGGCGUCGAAGUUGUAAAAACUGUCGGACAGAGUUUCAGUGCAUCAAAAGCACGGUGUUGGCAGAACACCUAGAGGCUAGCCGAGAAGACAGUUCAGAUUGCAGAACACAUCGGAAGAUGCAAAUAGACGAUUGAAGGCUAUAUGUAUUAUGUAAAUACUUUGUAACUUCUCGCAAUAAAUGUAUAUACCUUCUGCCU